CACAUGAUAUUGGAGAUCCAAAAUACCUAUUAGAUCCAAUGCUGAGAGCUCCUAGCAAAAUUAUAUAAUCUGAUAUUUUUUGAAAAAAAUGUUAAUUUUGUUCUUUACCAAAGAUCAUCAUUGAUAUUGUAGUUUUCCUUAUCAAACGAUCAAUUCUAUCAUCCAUUCCAAAAGACAUUGAUGAUAGUUUUGAUCGAAGAAUUUCCAAAAGAAUAUGAAUCAUCUUUGUUUCAAUAAAAGAAAUUGUUUGAGUUGUCGAAAAAAAGAUUCCACUCACUUUCUUUUAAAUGAGAGUAGUAACUCUAUAUGAAUUAGAACUAAGUAAAGCGAAUAUCUAAAGAUAGAAAUAACAUUUUAUGAUCUUUAUAUUAAAAAUAGUUUGUAAUUGUUUUUAUUCUUUCGCAAUAUUCAAUAAUCUAAUAAAAAUAUAAAAUAGCUUUGAUAGCUAAACAAAAUACAAAAUAUCGAUAGCGAGAAUGACGAUACACUACUGAUGACAAAUACCGAUACAUGUGAGAAACGAUUGUGUACUUUGCUUUUAUAUAUACACCAUGCUUUUCUUUUUCAUAUUUGUUUAGAAGCAAGAAUAUAUUCAAGUCAUUCUGAAUUCUCUAUUUCAUUUGUUUUUGAAAUGAAUGAUUUUUGUUUAUGUAAAUGUGACUGAUAAAUAUUUAAAAAAAAGAUAUACGGCACAUCUGUCCCGUAUUCAUACAAUAAUGAAUUGAGAUAGAUAGUUUUAUCUUAUCUAUUGUUAGUUGUCUUGUAUGUGGUACUCUUUCUUUAGUGUAUAAAAAGACAUUCAACCGUUUUAUAUAUUUCAUUUAAAAAAUACUUCGAAGCAAGUAAUAUAUAUUUCGAGAUUUUAUUUUAUUCCAAACUAGGGGAAAAUUACAUUUUAUUGACACGAGUGGCUCGAAAGUGGAAAAAUACAUAGAGAAGAACAACACAUGGAAAAAAAUAGCGGAAUCAAUCAAACUAAAAGUGAAUAAUUGAGAAACCGUUUUGAUCGUUAGAUUAAAUGUAUGAGAUUCUAUUGCAGUUGAUCAAUCAAAUGGAUUCGAUAUAAUACUGUCACCUUUGCCUGUUAUUAAUGAUGGUAUUAGACCACAGAACAAUACAAGACAAUAGGAAGAGUAACUCGACCAUUAAAUAUUUCACGUUUUCCUGUUUUUGAACGAAGACACUAUGAUGAACCAAUAGCAAAAACGUUGACAUUCGAUGACACAUCGAAUUUAAAUAUUCGUAGCAUUUGUCGUUCAUUACGUAAAAGAGUAGAAUCAUCUAAACAAAAUAAUCACAGUAACAAUCAAAUAGAAAAUGAUCUAAACGAAAAAUCUGAAGAAACAAUGUCAGCAAGUGAAGAAAAUGUUAAAAAAGCUCAGAUAAAUGUGAAAGAAAAUCUAGAAUUAAAAUUAACAACACAGGCUUCUGCUGAGAGAAUGCAUCUAUCAAGGAGACGUGGUAGACCACUAAAAAGACCAGUUGAUGUAGACAAAUUAGUUGGCGCUUUUAGUAAGCUGACAAGAUCCCAAAUUGGUGCACUAGAUACUACAACGUGGUCGAAAAAGUCACGAACUAGUGCUCCAAACGUAUGGAGCAUUAUGUGCUCACACUUGAAGCUAAAAGAUGAUGAGAAAAAUAAAAAGUGGUUGACGCAUAUAUGGCAGACAAAUAUGUGGCAUGUUACUGACGAAGUUCGCAAGAAAACAUCUGAGAAUACGAAUGUUAUUGAUUCUGUAAAGUUUGACGUCUCACCCAUCAUUACACAUGAUGUUGCUGUUGGUUCACCUUCUGUUGUACCAAAAGAAACUGGAUGUAGCAGUGCUUUAAGUAAUAUUAUCAAUGUCAUCGAGAAUUGCUCUCAAAGUGAAAUAUAUACAAUAGAUUCUUCUAAUCGAGCAGCUAAUUUAAAUUCUUCAAAAGCUCGAGCCAAUGAAAUACUAGAUGAUAUUCUAACACUUGUGAAUCUAAAAGAAGUGAGUCCUGUCUGCAACAAGGACUCAACUAGUCCAAAAAUACAAUCAAGCACCAUAAUGAAUAUGAGUCCACAAUUUAUAAUGAACUCACCAACUAAAGAAGUCUGUUCAAAUGAAAUAACAUUGACUACAUAUCGGGUAACUACGGUAAAAGAUUAUAUGAAUUGGCAUCAAUUGGAUGAAAUUCAAGAUUUUCAUAUGUCCAAUGAAGAUAAAUUAUUUCCAGAUUUUGAUGAUUUAGUCAUGGAUGAAUAUCAGAAGACAACAACGGAUAAUCAACAUAAUAUUAUUCAUUUUGAUGAAAAGUCUAUUUCACCUACUGCAAAUAAAGAACAACAACAAACACAUGAGAAUAAUAAAGUUAGUAAACAAUGUGUGCAUAAUGAAACUGAACGUGGUGUCACGUCAUUGCCAGAUGAAUAUCACCAUGUUAUUGAUGCUCUACUUGAUCGUCCAACGAUUGCUGGACAAUACACAGCUGACGUUCCUUCCGAACCGAUAUCAUUACAAAUUGACAAAUCUGAUCUUGAUUUCUUUCAAAAAUUAGUGAUGGAAUCUAAAUCAAAAAAAAUGUUACCUCUGUAG